CUGUGUCAGAGUGAUGGCCCGCCAGGACAAACCACGCCAGGGGCCGCAGGACGAACACCCUCCUCAACGCCAGCACCCCAAGGGGCCAAGAGCGGCAGCGGCGGCAGCGACGGCGGCAGCGGCGGCGGCGGCGGCGGCGGCGGCGGCGGCGGCGGCGGCGGCGGCGGCUGCGACAGCGGAGGCGAAGACACCGGGGAAGGGGGACGCGGCAAGGACGGGCUGGGGGGAAAACCAGAGUCAGCAGACUCCUCAACAGGGACAAUUGACGGGAAGAAAGUAACAUGGGAAACACCAGACGGGGCAG